UUUUUGUUCAGUGUAGCAUUCGUAUUAUAAUCCCUAAUUCCAACUCCACGGAUUCUGUCACAUGACGGUCAGUGGCGCGAGUGCGCGUUCCCAUUCUGACUUCGCCAAUGCUAAACUAACCAGUUAGCUAGCAGCUAAUGUGCGACGUUAGUGCUGACUAGUUUCUAUGGAGUGAAGAUGGCUCCUUUUCCCGACGAGGUGGAUGUUUUUACUGGCCCACAUUGGCGAAUGAAACAGUUGGUAGGACUCUACUGCGAGAAGGUGUGUAUGGAGUAAUUUGAAUUGAGAAUUUGCUCAAAAAGCUAGCUAUCGUCUGCUGCCUGGUAUUUGCUGCUAACGCAGUGGUUUAGCUAGCUAACGUUAGCUGGUCUGAGAAAUUGGUGUUUUUGGCAUAGUAGUUAGCUACAGUAUGUCAGUCGCUGGCAAGUUGGGAAAGGUCUCAACCAGUUUCUUAGCUAGCUAACCUAGCUAGGUAAUGACAUGGUAGCUAGGUAAUGACAUGGUAGCUAGUGUAGCUAACUUGGCUAUUUACUAGGUAACAAACACUUUAGUUCUAGCUCGAUGGCUAGCUACGUGGCUGCCGAAGACCAGUCUGAAGUUGUCUAGCCCUUUUGUUGUUAUGCAACACGAUAUCUUAGCUAGCUAGCUGAUAAACCAGUACAGUGUGGCUACAUAGUUUUUGUUUUCCCUUUUACCUAACGUCAUAACUUGGCAUGAACAAAACACAAUCAAAUUCAUGCAGAAUUUAGCUAGCAAGCUACUUUGUGCCCAUUCAAGCGAUGAACAGCGGCACGAACAGUUCUGCUGUCAUUUAUAAAGCCCUAUUUACACCAACAGAUGUCACAACGUGCUUAUACAGAAACCCAUCCUAAAACCCCAAAGAGAUGUAGAAGCACGCUGGCUUGGAAAAACUCCAUAGAAAGGUAGGAGGAUCUGAGGGGUGACCAGUCCUCUUGGCUGUGCUGGGUGGAGAUUAUAAGAGUACAUGGCCAUUAAGGCCAGAUCGUUCUUCAAGAUGUUCAAAGAUGACCAGCAGUGUCAAAUAAUAAUCAGUGGUUAUAGAAGGUGCAACAUGUCAGCAAAUCUGGAGUAAAUGUCAGUUCGCAUUUCAUAGCCAAGCAUUCAGAGGUCGAGACAGCAGAUGCGGUGGAGAGGGAGAGAGAGCAGAAGGUCUGGGACAAGGUAGCACUUCAAUUUAACAGGACAGGUCAGGGUUCCAUUGCCGCAGGCAGAACAGCAGAAGCUGGAUUAGUAGUAUGACCAUGCGGACUGGGGACAGCCAGGAGUCGUCAGGCCAGGUAGUCCUGACGCAUGGUCCUAGGGCUCAGGUUGCCCGAUAGAGAUAGAAUAAUUAGAGGGAGCAUACCUAAGAUCACAUUUAUGAGGCUUGGUUCCACUCAUAAAGGCAUGUCCACAGUUCUGUUGCUAUGGUUGUGUGCAGGUCUGCUAUUACUAUCUGAGAAACUUAGACGUGUUUUUUCUUUAUACCACAGCUGUCACAGACCAACUUCUCCAACAACAAUGACUUCCGCACAUUUCUUCAGUCACUGUGUGCCACCUUCAAGGAGUUCAAGAUGCAUGAACAGAUUGAGAACGAGUAUAUCAUCGGCCUGUUGCAACAGCGCAGCUGCACUGUGUAUAAUGUGCACUCCGAUAACAAGCUCUCAGAGAUGUUGUCCCUGUUUGAGAAAGGGCUGAGAAGCGUUAAGGUGACUCCACUAAUAUAUCAGCAGAAGUACUGCCACCAACAUAACAUUUAUGAAAAGACUCACAAAUAAUCCCUGUUGCUCCUUGGGCAUUGUGUUGUGUAUCACUGAGUUAUGUGUCUGCACUGAAAUGAUAGCCUAUCCCUGUAGUGAUUCAGCCUACAGACAUGUCAUUUUAACAACAACAUGUUGUUGGAUAAGGAAGGUCUUGGUUUCCUGUAACUGAGGAACGCUCAACUCUGUUCUCUUAUAUCGAGGCAGACUUUAGUUUUGAUAACUGCUAGCGGGAUAUGUUAGUAACAAUAUUGAGUCACUAUCAGUCGAUUCUUGUAAAAAUGUCAAUUCUGAAAACACUUACCUGUACCUUUGUUUGUGCUAUACAACUGCGGUCCUUCCGCGGGGUGCUGCAAUUCAUACUUAAAAAAACGUUUUGUGAAGACAACCACCAACUUUUUCCUCAUUGCUUUUACGACCUAAGCUGAGAUUCAAUUUGGUCCGUACUAAACCGUAACUUGAACCCCUACCCCAACCAUAACCCUUUACAUUUACGCUUUAAAACUUCAAUGGGGUAGGGACGUCCCAAUUGCAUCUCAGUUUAAGUAGUACAAGCAACAAGGAAGAAGUCGAUGGUUGUAUUCGCUAAAGGCUUAUUAAAAGUAUGAAUUACAGCACCCCACAGAAGGACCGCAGUUGUACUGGACAAGCAUAGGUACAGGUAUGCGUUUUUAUAAUUGACAAUUUUAUAAGAAUCGACUGAUGGUGGGUCAAAAUUGUUGCUAGCAAAUCCCACGACCAGUUAUCAAAACUCAACUCCGCCUCGAUAUAAGAGAACGUUCCUCAGUUGAGCGUUCCUUAGCUAGGUUUCCUGUUUCCUUUUACAUUAGUGAAACUGAGGUUUCUAAAUGCAACACAAUUGAAUAAUAAUAAUUAUGCCUCAAUUCCUUAAGGGAAUCUGUUCAAAUCUUGGCAUUAUGUUGGAAAAGGCUAUACGGACUCUCCUGACCUGCAAAACGUCAGUUUUAGAUUUUGGUUAGUCAUUUUACUGAUCAGGAAUGACCUUAUAGCCUCUCCUCAUUAUGCUGAUUGUAUACAGUAGCCUAUAUUUGGUGUUAGUAGGAAGAGUAUUUUGUAGCUUGUAGGGAGCACCAAGCAGGACACAUAUUGCAUGGGCCUGUGAACAUUACAGGGAGACUCCGUUUAUAGACACCACAAGCUGUUUUGAGAGAGCGAGACUGUUGGCCUAUUUUGGUUCCAGGCAGAAUUGUUCAUAUGACCUUUUUCAGCAGCUUUAAGAGACAAAUGUUGUAGCCAUGUAGAAACAAGAACUGUCCUGAAUGACGCAAUUGUGUACAUUUUAAUAUCUGCUCUUGAGUCUGUCCCAAUCACUAUUUGCUAUAACACAAAGGAAAUUCCACUGUUUAGUAAGAGCAGAAUUUGGACAUCAGCACUUGGUCUUCAACCAGGAGAGGAAAUAAUGUUUUAAUUUCAGCUCAGAUAAACAAUACCUUUUUUAAUUGUUUAUAAAUUCAAUUAGAAUACUUUUUGGUUUAGUCUCUCUGCAGAUUUGUCAAUGGAAUACAUGAAUUGGAUGAAAAGAAAGUUACAAGUUUGUCUGUUUUAUUUUCUUAUCCUACAAGUGAAAGUAUUUGUUAGUAUUUUAUUGGCCUGUUGACUCUUGAGUGUUUGACUGUUACGAUUGUGUGGUUUGAUUUGACCGAAGCCGAGGAUUGCUGGCAUUAAUUAAGGGGAGUGAAUGACAGUCAGUCGUGUAUGAUGUCAUGUUUACUAUAUAAUUGCAGAGCGAGUAUGAGCAGCUGAACUAUGCCCAGCAACUGAAAGAGCGACUGGAGGCAUUCACACAGGACUUCUUACCCCACAUGAAGGAGGAGGAAGAGGUAUGAUUGAAUAAUAUAAUUUGUAAUAAUUAAGUUGAGGUAUUCUGAUGUAGGAUGUACUGUGUAAAUUAUUAGGUCACACUUUAUGCGCAUAGUCCAUCUGCAGAUGCUCUACAAAUGGUCAUACUAUCAACAAACUAUCUGUUGUUAAGCAACUGCUUGCUAAAGUUAGGGUUAGAAUAAGGGUUAGGGUAAUACUAGGGUAAGGGUUAAGUUUAGGAUAAAGGUUAAGGUUACUAGAUAAUCCAUCUGUAAAUGCUCUACAGCCUAUCCAAAUAAAGUGUUACCAAUUAUUAAUACAUGUUUGUUAUGUGGUGUUCUGGCCAUGAAUGGGUACUGUUACAAAACCCAUAACUAGCCUACGGAUAUUGUUGCACUCUCUUUGUCUAGGGGUCCUAGGCCUAGUUACAUGGUCUGUAACCUGAAUGAAUGUGUGCAUUUGUGAGAAAUAAGAGUAUGUGCCCAGCUCUGUCUUGACUCCUUUGGGUCGGCGAGCACAAGCGGAUUAUUAGUUGUUCAGAUGGUAACGAAAAUAAACGUACAAACAGACAUGCCCAAACUAGACUCAAAACCAAACAAAAAGCCUCAUGGCCACCAAAACAAACCCAGCAGCCUCAAGGCUUGCAAACUGAGAUACUGACUGAUGAUCACCCUAAUUGUCAGCACCUGAUGUGCUAAUCAACCAGGCUCAGCAUUUGGACAAGGUUGCUGCUGCCCGCUGGGGGAAUGGAGUGUGUGGAAGUGUAACCUGGAUAGUGCAUUUGUCUAUGUCCUAACACUAACCUUCCAUCCAUAUCAUAACAGUACCAGCAAAUAAGAUAUUCUGUUCAACUGUUGGUUUUUCUGUCUAGUUCAUAAUAAUGCAUUACUUUGUAUGUGUUUGUGUGUAAUGGGUCUAUUCCAGGUGUUCCAGCCCAUGCUGAUGCAGUACUUCACCUAUGAGGAGCUUAAAGACCUCAAGAAGCAGGUGAUAGCACAGCACUGUAGCCAGCAGCGAUGGGACUGUGCAGCGGAAGUGCUGAAGGGGCUCAGUCUGUGGAGUCAGGCAGAGGAGCUGCACAAGGCCUUCAAGUAUGCUGACCACGAGAAGACUGACGGUGAGUCAGACAGACCCCAUUAUUGUCUUCUCUAGAGUGCACACCUACAUCUUGGUGAUGGCUAUGAUUCACCUGUAUUCUCCCCAGCAUACACAGCCUCCUCCAUAUGACAUCUAUCCCUUUACCUAAUAUCUCCUUCAGCAACACACUUCUCAACUUCCUCAUAACUACACUAUAUUGGAGGAUGUUGUCAGUACUUUAGGAAAUGAGUUGGCCAAAUUUCCCAUAACCAAAUGUUUGUUGAGGUGUGGCUUUAACUCUUACCAAAAAUAUUUAUACAGAAGGCUGAAAUCACACUUCUGUUGCUUCAUUCCCGAAUCUGCAUUAUUGCUGUGGUCUAGCAAAGAUUCUUAGGUCUUUUUUUACCCCGAACUGUAGAGAAGCAUUACAUAAUUGAUUUACAUAAGUAACCUUUCAUAAGCGCUUGAGUUCAGUAUGUAUUGUACACUACACUUACUAUAAAAAAAACUCUGCUUAUCAAGCCUCAGAACUAGAGAAAGAGCCGUGCUCCACCCACAUCUCCCAGCUACCUACAGAGAUCCUGCUGCAUCUGUUCUGCUACCUGGGUCCUGAGGACCUUUGUCACUGUGGCCAGGUGUCCUCAGCCUGGUCCGACCUGGCCAAGACCGGCUCUCUGUGGAGGCACCUUUACCCUGUACGCUGGGCCAGAGGUACAGAGAUAUCAAUGUUGACCUUAUAUACUUUUAUCCUCGCGGAUGGUGAAGCAGUCAACACUGUAAAAGCUGCCAAUAAAAUCUUUUGACACUUGUUUUUCCUCAUAAAGAAAGAAAUAAGACAGUGACAAGAAAUAAAACAGUGCCAUCUCUCUGUUUUCCAGGGGAUCACUAUCGUGGCCCCCCAGCUGAUCUGACCCAGGAACCGGAUGAAGAGUGGGUGAAGAGUCUGCAGGAUGAGGGCAAGGCCUACCAGGAGUGGGAUGAGGAUGCAGAUGUCGAUGAGUCUGGUGAGUUCUUUCAGCGUCAUAACGGUGUCAACACCAGUCAGUCUGUGUUUAUCAGGAGUACAUCUAAAGGGUUGAUCCAGGGAAAAUGCAUAGCUUGAUUGAAGUGAUAGUGUUUACAGACUUGGAGGAACUGUUAGAAUAAGGCAUCCAGAAAAUCGCCCUAAUACCUCAUCUCUGGUGUAUCCAUUUUCUCCCUUGUCUAGAUGAGACUUGUGAAGACUCCUUGGCUAUAAGCGCAGCUCAGAGGGAGAAGAAGCUACUGAAUAAAAUUAUUCAGAACCUUCUGCCAGCUGUGGGUUCCUCUGUCAGGUCCAUCGUUCUGGCCUACAGCUCUACGGUCUCCAGUAAGAUGGUAUGUACCAGGAAUAUUCAUGAUCAUAUGCCUAGAACAUCAAUAAAGCAGAGCUGCUAAUACAAAGCUUCCAAUUCUCGAACUAAUGAGAAAAGCUGGCGUGUGCAUGUGAAUGAAGGAUAUUUCAGCCUGAAUAGGCUCUACAUGGCAGCGUGUAGGUUAAUGAUCUGUAUGUAUAUCUGCUGCUACAGGUGCGUCAGAUCCUUAGUCUCUGUCCUAAUAUCACCCACCUGGACCUCACUCAGACUGAUGUCACAGACUCCGCCUUUGACAGGUAUACCAUCCAUAGCCAGACCAAUAAUGCUGAAGACUACAGGGUAUGAUUAACUACUGAACUCAUUGUGCCUCUUUUCUCCCCUAAUUGAUUUGUUAUUUUCACUUCUGUCUGUCAGUUGGUCAUCUCUGGGGGCGUGUCUGUCUCUUGAGCACCUGGACCUAUCCGGCUGUGAGAAGAUCACUGACCACACCCUGAAGAAGCUGUCAAUGGGUCUGGGGUACCUGCCAUCUCUCACCUGCUCUCAGAAACGAUCCGACCGGCAAGCCAAGCUUCUGAAGAGCCCUCCCAUCAGUCUGCUGGACGAGCGGAGCCUCCGUCCGAUGGGGCGCAACCAGCAGGCCCUGAUCUUCAAGCAGCGGACUGGGAGACGGUGCAACAGCCCCUCCAGGGUCUGGGUCCUGGACCCCUCGGAGCUGGCUGACAUCGAGGAUGCAGCAGAGUGGAACCGCCGCGGGGGAGUGUCUACCCCUGAGGGGCGAGGUUUUGUGGCGAUGAAGCCAGGUGGAGGUUCGUGUUGCUGCAGGAGGAGUAGGAGGCGGGGCCUCAGGACAAGCUUUAGCACCUCCUACUGGCAGAAGCAGUAUGGGCUUGGGGAGGUCUGCUGUGGCCAUUCAACCUGCUGCACUGGUGAGACGGCCCUGAGGGCUUUAGGAGGGCUGCAGUGUGAGUCUUACAUCACCAGGGGCAGUGCAGGGGCAGAGUUUUGGACCAAAUGCUCCUCUGGGGGCCAGCGGUGCCUGAAGCUUUACAACAGAACUGAUCAGUCAGACACUCGGCGCUCGCUGAGGUUCCUCAGCCUCUCUGGAUGCUAUCAGGUUACAGACCUGGGCUUGAGGUAAAACUGCUUGGGAUGCUGCUCUUCAAAGAAACGACAAACAUGCAUACAUAUUCUACCUAUGUAUAUAUUGUGUACAUCUGAUAUUGACUGUGAGUAGGUACACAUGAUUGUGUGUAUUAUAUACUCUAAGCAUGUGUGUGUUUCAGAGCGCUGUCUCAGCGUGGCAGUCUUCCUUUCCUGGAGCAUCUGAACCUGUCUGGAUGUCUCCUCAUCACUGAGGUGGGGCUACAGGAACUGGUGUCAGCCUGUCCUGCCCUCAAUGAUGAACACUUCUACUACUGCGACAACAUCAACGGUAACGCAUGCACACACACACAAAACGCACAACAUUAGGCAAAACUGUGGGAAAACACCCUCAUAUCAGGCAACAUAUUCAUACAAGGAUAUGAGUGAUGCACAAUUUUAUACAUUUCUUGAAUUGUUUGAUUUAUUUGACAUAGUAAAAACACAAAACGACCACACGUGGACACAAUGCAUUUAAAAUAAUUGAGGAUGACACAACAAAGUUUUAAAACGUACUUCCAUUGUGGUCCUCUUAUUAACAAUUAUGUAGAUUAAUAAAACAAAGAAAUUGAUGAUUAUAACGCCAUUGUAGAGUUUCUUCACAAUGUAGUGUGCCCACUCAUGGUGAAGACUGGUGCAUAUGCUGGCAAGUAACAACCCAUGUGAGUUAGAUCAGGGGUUCCCAAACGUUUUUGCUUCGAGACCCACCAGUUGAGGUGUCUUUUGAGUCGCAACCCACCAUAAGGGUUGAGCAGUGAAAAAACAUACACUAACCAAGAAUAAGUAAAAAAUAUAAUCUUGGCAGCGGAGAGAACAUUUAGCAGUUUUAAAGCAAAUUUCCUGCAAUUCUACACAUUUUGACAUGGAGUUGAAAGAACAUUUAGGUGUUUUUAAGCUAGUAUCCUGAAAUUCUACGCAUUUUGACAUGGCUAAUGCUGUGUUAUGCUCCAACAUUAUAACAAUCAAUGGGGGCCUGAUUGUCUAGCUUUUAUUUUGUUGAUUGUAAGUUCUCAAAGAUUAUAGGCUAUUACACUGAAUGCAUUUUUCCUCCUGAAAAUGUCUUUGAAAAAAUCUACUAAAAUAAAAAUGCAAUGCACAUAAAAUGUAAUUCCACAACCCACCUGGACCGCUGCUGCGACCCACAAGUAGGUCCCGUCCCACAGUUUGGGAAACACUUGAGUUAGAUGGUUUGAUGAUAGGGAUGCCAGGUGAUGCUACAUGAUGGUGAUGCAGUUGGCUUGCCGGCUCUGUUAUCAUCCUCUCUGUAGUAUGUAAUGCCAGGUGAUUUAAUUUUGGCGGUGGAUUGUAUUAAAGGUGCAAUAUGCCGAAAUUGCUCUGCCAUUUCCUGGUUGCUCAAAUUCUAAUAGUUUGUCUAAUUUCAGUUUGUGACAAAACAGUAAAAAAAGUACGAUCUAAACCGCUCUGAAAUAUAUUUUCAAUAACCAAAAAUAUUGUAUUUUCAGCUGUCUGAUGCUGGUGGACAAAACAGAGUAAAAGAUGCAAAAAUGAAAUUUUAAGAACAGGAAGCAUAUAAAUCGUGCACAUAGAACAGAUCUACUGCUUCUUAGACUUGCUUUCGAUGACAGAUAUAACUCACAUUUCUAUGUGAAUUUGGUCGCAGCUUUAAAGAAUCUCUGAAUGGGGCUUAUUUGCCAAGCCUAAUGAAUGUGCUGUUAUAACAAUCAUACCUAACCUCACCUGGCUGUCCAGCACAUUUCCCAGUGUAAGUUCCUUAUGUAACAGUCCUGCUGAUCUUGUGAGGUGCAAGGUAAGUGGGACUUACGGUAGCUAGUCGGCAAAACACAUUUACUGUUGAGUGUCACAAGUUAAUGUGUAACUCCAUUGUGUAAACAGUAGCUUUUGAAAUUGUUUCUAAACCAGUCGGAAGAGUGUGGGCGGUAGACCUACUUGGGAGGAGUUACAUUUCCUGUUAAUAGGUGCAUUGGUUUUAACUUGUCCAGACCACUGGAAUUUGAAGAUUUGAGACCAUUCCAAUCUCCACCCAGCCGGUGCACCAGCGAGGUAAAAUGAAUGGGCACAGCAGUACAUGGCCUAUGAGUGAGUGAUUGACUGGUCUGACUGUGGCCUCUCUCUGCAGGUCCCCAUGCUGAUACGGCCAGCGGCUGCCAGAACCUGCAGUGUGGCUUCAGGGCGUGCUGCCGCUCUGGAGAGUGACUUUUGACCUAACCUUACUCUAUGAAUGCCCCCCCCCACAUCUGCACUUUAAUCCUCACCUGGGAAUAUGCCAUUCGUUGUACUUUGUCACUUCAGAUAGUUUCUACGUGAAAUUUUAAAGUAAAAAGUUGAUUCCUGACAUUUCCAUUUUUAUCUGUAUUUCUUAUAAACACUCAUUUAGAAAAUAAAAUAUAUGGGUGUUG